AAUAGUAAAAACGCAUUGUAACGAAAUUACUACUUCAAUAAGCCGAACACUUGUCAAGGAUAAAGUUUUGUAACACCGUGAAAAUGUCUUUCUCCAAUACAGUUGACAUUGAAAAGCAUUUGAAACGUAUCGGGUUUCUCUUCCGACAAUAACCCCAUUAGGAAUGCUUCUCCUGGGUGAAAACGGAACCAAUUGCACCACGCUUUUGAAGAUUUCAUUUCCCAUCGCUUUGGCCAACAAGCUUCUCCUUAUCCAUCCCACUAAGGCAGAGACUGCAAAAGAGAUUUUUAAUCACGGAACAUGCUUCGGUUUCGAAACGGAACCGAUCCAACAGUGCAUACAUCGGGGCGCAUUGAAUUACUCCGUUUACCGAUGAAUCCUUUGCUUCUUCUCGCUCGGGGAGGACGGAUGGACCUAUGCAUACAAUAGUUGCUGGCAAACACGGAACGGUUGUGGAAUAGAUUUACCCACUGUAAUGUGAUUAUUCGCACAUUUAAAAGGAACAACGCAAAAUGGCAUUUGCCAAAGUAGGUGAACGGGACAAGGGAGCCAGGCAAAUCGAACCACAGACAGCAGCGCAGUGGAACUGAUAUACUUGAUGCAUAUUUUAUGCAAUAAAAUCUUUCGCGUGGGGCAGACAAGAUUUUUGCGCGAAAGAUUUCUUUGCAAAAGCGAUGCAAUCGUUUGUGGUAGAUAAGAAGGAAAAACUAUUUUCAUUCGAUACCUCAACAAAAUAGAUGUGUUGAAUGAUUGGUUUUAUUUUUUUUUACUUUGAAUCAUUGAAAAGAGUGAGUGAAGGAGAUUUUAGAUAAAGGUAGGAUAGAUGAAAAAUAAUUUUAUACUAUCAAAGUGAUCAUUUGAUUCAUUGUUAGAGUUUGGCCAUUUUUUACAUCGAUAUGAUGUGCAUGAAAAGUAUUGACGGAUCUCGUGCUAGUCACGCUGGAGUGCAUUCCGGAAACACUCUAAUGCAAUUGUGAAGCCACUUCUAUAUACGAACAAUCCAAUAACAUAAAAACUUUGUCAAGGACGCUCUCUUUCUGCCGUACGUGAGCUCACGUGACAAGUGGAACAUUAUUAAAGUCGCUUCAGCGUGGAGGUCUGUAUUGAUUAUGUCUUUUUUAUUGCUGUUAUGUGAUCAUACGACGCCCAUUUUGGUUUGAUAUUCUAUUAGGUGUCAAAUUGCACAUCACAUGACCAGUUCGGAGUGAUUGCUUACCGCUCCCAUUGUCGGAAUAUUACUGCAACGUGACAAAUAAUAUCAACCUAUCUUAUGUGCGCGCUCUGUAUUGCAGGAAAAAAAAAUUUAACAUGAUAUGCAAUGUAAUACAUCAACCAGAACCAGAAACACAACCACAUCCACCAGGAACACAUCACACUGGGCGGGUGGCACACUAGAGGGUGCCGAGACUGAUGGUACAAUUUAUGAAACUUUCAACUCAAUCUCAAAACAACAAAAGAGCAUUAUAACCGGCCAAAUUAAAACAGCACUCGAAAAGUCAGUCCCCCAAACACAGGUCUGUUGUUUGGGGCCACACUUUUGCACCAAAACUUUUAUCCUUCCCUCCUCCAUCCAAAAGAUGGUCCAUUUUUAACUUUAAAUGUAAACCCUCCGUUGAAUUGCAAUUGCAAAGUUCUUCCCAAACUAUACUGCUCAUCGUUCCAGGACGCUGAGCACCGGACGGCAAGUCCCUGUUGUGGGUGGCGGCACAACUUAUUUAGUUCAUUACAUUUAACUUCAGGGCGAGAGGGAGUUUUUUUUUUGCUGCUACUAUCCUCCCCCAAGUUCACAGUCAAAAUUUGUGAAAGUUUGUAAAUGCUUUAAAGGAGAAGAACGUAAAAUUACACGUUUGUUGCGGUGUCCAGUUGGUGCGGUGAAAAAUCUUUUAAACGAACGUACUGGCAAGCAACGAAAACCACUAAACAACGAGCAGGUGACGUGUGUAGCACAAGGGGCUCCGUGUUAAUUUGGUGUGGUACUGCUACUACUACUACAGGCUGAAAUUCCCCGGACAGUUUUUCGGUUGGCCCCAGUGUCAGGAUGAUUUGGUAAAACAAAUCUGCACGCCGUGUUUAGGUUGCUUUUAACGUUGUAACUUCUAACGAAACAUCCGUUCCAGCGAAGUAAUUUCAUUUUUGGAAAACGAAACUUCUUCCCUGCGCAGGACAGUUUAGGAAUUUUAAAUAACUUCUUCGUCAAAACAGCCCUAUAGGACUUUUACUCUAUUUCCCAACGUAGCGAUUACAUCACCAUUAUUGUACAGAAAAAAAGGAACAAUUAAUAACAAUCUUCUUAUAUUCCUUGGUUAAAACUGGAAGAAUUUCCAAUGAUUUCAAAUGUGUUUUUCCCCUCACACCUAGAGGUCGCUAGUUGUUUUAACGUUGCGCAAGGGAACGUUUUUGAUAUGACGACAAAAAAGAAAUAAUCAACUCGUUCGUUGUGUUGCCCUAGCAACUAGCACUGCAUUGUUGAUGAUGGCAGUGCCAUCGUAAGUUCGACAUUGUUAAGGCAUCAGGUUCGGUUCGCCAGAAAGCUACCAGAAACCAUCAUGCCACUGAUACCGAAAAAUUACACCUGGGAGCAGAGAUUCAGCAGCUCGGAAAACCCUCAGCACGGUGAAUCGUACGACAUUCUAUUACGCGUGCCGUUUCCCGGAAAUCGUUUUCAACCGGAUGACAUCUUCACAACGGAACAGUUCCUGAAAGUUUCGCGUGCCCCACACUACUGGGAAUUGUUUCUGUGCCAUCCAAUCGAUCCGGAUGCGAGCCACUGUAGCAUACUGGAGAAUGAGGUAAUAUUUGAGCUGGUCAAACAGAACCCAACGGUACGUUGGGAUGUGGUCGAGCUGGUUGUACCGCGGGCGGAAAGGACAGUUCUCAAGGAACAUUAUCUAGCGCAGCACCAAAAGCACUUGGAGGAACGGUCAAAGCAACGUGCAGCCGAGAAGGAUCGGAAGAAGAAAGACGAAAUACAUCGCCAGAUCGAACGGGAACGAAACGAUCGGUCCGCUAUCGAUACGCUGCUGGAAGAGUCAAAGCAACGCGAACUGAAGCGUAUGGAGCUGGCAAUGGUAAAGGAGUACCGUCCAGAUCCUGCAAAACAGCAACCGACCAGUCGGAAAAGUUCGUCCAGUAAUCGAGCGGUCGCGUCCGGACUUUGUGUCCCCGAUCCAUCACAACCACCGCCGGCUGUGCGCCGUUCCGGCACGCUGGAGGUAACGUUCAGCGAGCGAACGUUCGUUACCCCGAAGCGGGAAUCAAUGGAACAAACCGAACAGGAAUGGACGCUUAAGCAGGCCGCCGCCCGCCGUGCCGUAGGCUUCGCCGACGAUGAUCUGCGACCAGACGAACGAAAUCCCGAGUGGCUCAAGCAGCGGGGCGAUACGUUUUUCCAGCAGAAAAACUUUCUUGCCGCCAUUUCAGCGUACAGUGCCGGUAUACGGCUUACGAAGGAUUACUAUGCACUGUUCCUAAACCGGUCCGCUGCACACUUGGCGCUCGAGAAUUAUCAACGCUGUGCAGAAGAUUGUUCGGCAGCAUUGGAACUUUUGCAACCAGCGGUCGAAGCGAAUCGGAAGGCCCGGGUAGCAUGCCUAGCGCGACGAGCAGCGGCACUCGUGAAGUUGGGAUUUCUGCAGCAAGGAUACGAUGAAAUGGUGGCCGCCAGCCGUCUCGAUCCGGAGGAGGAAAGUCUGCGGGCCGAGGUGAACCGUUUGCGGCGAUGCAUGGACGAACAGUCAGAAUCGGACGAAUGAGCAGAAUGGUAGAGUAAAUAGAGAGCAGAGUUAUACGGACAGUCCGUUUUGGGUGGACUUUUAUAAUGAGUAGAUCUCAUCUUCCACGGUAGAAAGAGUGUUUCGUUAAGGAGAAGUAAACACGCGAAUAAAAACAGUAUCAAAUUUCAAAGCAACCAUGCGCUACCCCAAAAUGGUUGAUCUUAAA